GUUGACUCAACCUUUGGAUGCUCUGCUGCUUAUGUAAGAUUCUCCCCACUGAGCUUUUUUCUUUUUCUUUCUUCCAGCUGCAGUCGGUACCCCUUGAUCUCGAGGGCAAAGAGCCAAGGAUGAGUUGCCCUGGGGGGGCCCACACAGCCGCCGCCUUCCGCCCUCCGCCGGCCUGGCGGGGCUCCCUCGACUGACGCACGCACCCGACCGCCGGGCGGCUGCUGCUGUUGUUGUUUACGUUGCCACCGCUGCCCAUGCGCUCCCUGGUUAGAGAAGAGGAGGAGGAGCCUCUUGCCGGCUGCCAAAGCAUCAUCAUCACCCUUUCCGCCGGCUGCUCCCCGGCCUGGAAUCUCUCCUGCACAUGGCCCUAGCGCAAGGCAGCCUCUGGCCGCGGUGGCAGAGAAACGCCUCGGCCAGCGGGCCCGACAGGGAAGCAGAAGAGAGCCCCAGCAGUGGUAUGUUAAGCAGCAACGGUUGCCCAGAACGGGAUGGAUCCAGGCCUCCGUGGAUGCUGAGAGAGAGAGAGAGAGAGACGCUGAGAUUCUAGCGGCUUUCCCGGCGGCAGGCCCGGCUUUGAUUCCCCCCUCCUCCAGAUUCCCUGGGUGAAAGCCUCAAAGAGAAUUUUUAGUAUUGUUAUUUAUUUUGGCCAGGCCAGGCUGGUCCCGCUGGAAACCUGAUCGCAGUGACUCACCGGGAGGGGCGUUUGGAAAAAGGAUGACAGGAGGAGACACGGAGCAGCAGCGGGGCUGAGAUGCCUCUCCCGGCGGCCAGAAGAGAGAGAGAGUGUGUGUGAAGGACGGCGUAUGUUCUUGGUGGAGGCUCGGCUAGGAGGAACUCUUCCGGACUGAACUCUUCCCCACCGUUGGCAUCUCCGGACCCGCGGCUGUUUUGCGCAGAGACUGGGUUCUGCCCCAGCCGGCCUGCCCGUCCCCGAUGUGCCUGCCCUCUCCGAGGAGAAAUGACAGAGGGAUGAACUCUGCUGAUGGUGCGUGGCCCCUCUCUCCCUGGAAACCGGAUCCGGGCCCCAGCGGGGGGCUGAGGCGCUUCGCCCCGUCUCUGCCGCCUUGGCCUCUGGUGGCCACCGUCGCCGUCUGGCUGGUCACGGGCACCACCAUGUCCAGCCUGAACAAGUGGAUCUUCGCCAUCCACAACUUCCGCUACCCGGUGCUGCUCUCCUCCCUCCACAUGCUGACGGCGGUGCUGGUGGGCCACCCCUUGGCCAGACUCUGGGCCGGCGAGGACGCCAACCCCGCCGUCCGCCCCGAAGCCAAAGUCCGGGUGUUCCUGCUGAGCGUCACCUUCUGCGCCAGCGUGGCUUUCGGGAACAUGGGACUCAACUACGUCCAACUGGAUUUUGCCCAGAUGGUGUACACCACCACCCCGCUUUUCACCCUGACGCUCUCCAAGGUCCUGCUGGGGAAGCGCCACCACCCCUUGCAGUACGCGGCCAUGGGGCCCAUCUGCUUGGGGGCUUCCUUGAGCAUCGUUGGGGAGGUGCAUUUCGAUCACGCCGGCUGCUGCUUCCUCUUUGCGGCCACUUUCCUCCGCGGGCUGAAGUCCAUCCAGCAAAGCACCUUGCUGCAAGACGAGCGUCUGGAUUCCCUGCGCCUGCUGUGCCUCACCUCGUUGCCCAGCUUCUGCAUCCUUUUCGGGGCGGCCCUGGUGCUGGAAGUGGUUCCAGCUUGGGACGGCACCCUGGCCUACGGGGGCGGCCUCUGGGGCUGCCUCCUGCUGAGCUGCCUCGGCUCGGUGCUCUACAACCUGGCCAGCUUCUCGGUGAUUUCGCUGACCUCGGCCCUCACCAUCCACGUCCUCGGCAACUUCAACGUCGUGGGGAACCUCUUCCUUUCUCACUUGCUUUUCGGGAGCCGCCUGACCCUGCUCGGCUACGCGGGCGUAGCGCUCACCCUCUCCGGGGUCUUCAUGUACCAUCACUGUGAGCGCAUCGCAGCCUGUUGGCGGGCGCGCUGGGCGAGCCAGGAGAAAGACGAGUGAGGCGGGAUUCUGUUGACCCCAGGAGGUGGCCGGCGUGUUCACCGCCCUGCAAGGAUGGCCAUCUGUCAAAGGGUGAGGCUUCCAGGACUGGGAGAGAGAGAGGGGGGACCGGGGAUACCAUGGCAGGUGGGCAGAAGAAUCUUGGGAAACCUCACUUCUCUGAAUCGUAGUCCUCACGUAGCCCCAGAACAUCCUGCGCGUGGGCCAACAGCGACCGAAGAACGUAACUCCGUUCCAUGGAUUUCUAGCUUUCUGAAGGCCAAGUCAUCUUUUUCCUUGCACAGACCAGGCUGGGGAGAAAGCCGUGCAUUUGAAUUUUGGAACACAUUUGGGGAAAAAAAGAGGAGAAAAAACACCGCCAGCAGAAAAUAAGCCUGUGAGAGGCAGGCUUCUGGAGUCACCCACUGUGCAUGUCUUCUAGAGGAAGGGAGGUGUCUUCCUCACCUUCAGCACUGUGGCUCAAACAUGCUGCCUCUGGGGAGAUGGAGCAGACGUGGCAGGAGAAUAAAAC